GAAAAGAGCGCGCUAAGUUCGCGGGCAUUUCACUCCAAAUUCAUCUAAGUGUUUUGCCCUAUAUUCAACUCCUCUUCCUCUUGGUCACCACUUUUUCCCUUCAUUCCAAAACCAAAAAUAUCAGAGUCCUUAGGGUUUUCCACUCUUCAUUUCUUAAAUUGGAUACAGAAGUUCGAAGAGAAUGUGAGUAUCAAAUCUUAGUGUGCUCAUGCUCUGCUAGUUGGGGUGGCAACAAUUCAGGUACCUGACAUGAAUCUCACUCAAUCUCAAGAUGCUUCGGGGAGUUGAACCAGGGAGAACGUUGAAAUGGGAGAAAAGUGAAGAUUUUUAACAAACAAUCAAGAAUAUUGAAGAGUUUGCUGCCGACAAAGAACUGGGUUUGUGUUCUUUAUUGGCCAAUAUUCCUAAUUUUUUCAAGCUUUAUAGGUGGGCAUUCAAUAUCUCUACAUAUCUGAACUACAACUAAUCGAAUUCAAAAAAAAUUAGCAUAAUUUUUAAGUAAUAUAAAUUAUCACUCUCCAGUCAAGUUUAGUUGAGUAGUGGAGUUAGAUUCCUUUCUUCUUAUCUUUCCCAUGGAUUUGAAUUGUAUUCUUUGUCUUAUUAGGAAAUUAGGAUAGUUCCUCUUCUUUUUAGUUAGUGGCGGCAAGGAGUGCCCACCACCUACUCGACAUUUUCCCUCACUGAAUUUACUACAUCUCUUUAUAUUUAAUCAACAUAUCAAUAUCAUUUUAUUUAUAAUAAAAAAUUCAAGAUAUCACUAUCUUGUGGCACUGUAAAAAAAAAAAAUAGAACAUGCAAAUUCAUCUUUGUUGGAUGAUAAAAUUGAUUAGGAAAGGUUCUUAUGCUAAUAUAAUAUAGGUUAUAGGUCUUUUCGUGAACUUUUUAAUGCUUUUGUGUUUUAGUUUUUGUUAAUUGGUGAUAUUAUGUCUUCUGGUAAUGUAUGGCUGGUUGUUUUGAUAUAAGUUAUAACUAUAAAUUGAGAUCAGUAGCUUUUUUCUUCUAGAAAGGAAUAUAUAUAUAUGCUUAUUGGCAAUAGUAAUAUACUAUUUUAAUUUAAUUAGGAUGAUUCUAUUAUAAAAAACCUAUAGAUCUAGAAGAAAUUGAUUACCAAUUUUAAUCAUACUUUUCUGGUAUUAGUUCAGUAAUUGCAGCCAAGUAUUAUUAUUAUUAUUUUUUGUAUGAAAAGGAAGUAUGAUUUACAAAUUUCUAUACAUUUCUAUUUAUAUAUUGCAUUGCAAGAUUAAUUCUUAUCUUGGUAAUGUGUGUAACCAUUGGUGAAGAGAAUGAAGUGGCCUAUAUUGCAGGGAAGGUUUUUUUAGUUUGAAAUGGAUAAAACUUGGAUGUCAAAAGAUCGAAUGUCAAAAGAAUAUGAAGAUGGUGUUGAGCAAUUUAUUGUGUUUGCUAUAAGUCAUGCUAGUAACCCCAAACUCAUUAAAUGUCCAUGCCAAGUAUGUGGAAAUUUGAUGUUUGAGACUCCUAAAGGGAUAAGAGAUCAUAUGUUUAUAAGAGGUGUUGAUCAAAGUUAUAAGAUAUGGAGUUGGCAUGGGGAGGUGGCUGAUAUUGGAGGAACAACAAGUAGGGAAGUAAAUUUUGAUCAGUCACCUAAAUACGAGGAGGUCCAAGAAACUUUACAAAUGGUUAAUGCUGCUUAUGAUCCUUGUACUGCCAACCAUGAUUCUUUUACAUGUCUUACUUCAAUGCUUGAACUUACAGUGAGUUGUAUCAUUUUAUACAUGAGACAAUUAUAUGAUCAUAUGAAGGCUGAAGGUCUACUUCAGAUGUUUGGCUUUAUCAAUCCUGCUAUUGUAUCAUUGGCUGGAAAUUUAAAUAAUCAACGAAAACGGGAUGAGAGAUCACGAAAUAUAGCAGAUCGUUUGGUGAAGGCAAAAAAAAAUCAACUCAUAAUCAUGCCUUAUAAUCCUGCGUUCCACUGGAUCUUAAUUGUCAUUGACUUCUCAUCCAUGACUGUUUAUUAUUUGGACCCAUUAAGGAAUGAUAUUUAUGAGGAUGUCAGAGUAGUUGUAGACAAUGGACAGAGUACCAUAUCAUUGGAGUUUCUGGAGCACCAAGUUCCACAGUUAGACACUAUUAUAGUUCCCAUAAGUGGAGGUGGCUUGAUAUCAGGUGUGGCUUUGGCUGCCAAGGCCAUCAACCCUGCAAUUCGAGUUUUAGCUGCUGAGCCUGAGGGAGCCAACGAUGCAGCUCAAUCCAAAGCAGCUGGGAGGAUAAUAACAUUGUCUGAGACCAACACUGUAGCAUGGUGGUGGUGAGUUUCUCAUGAGUUGCUUCAUUGGAGGGUUGAUGACAGAGCUUCACCAGGACUUGUACUUGCUUCGUUUUGUUUCUACUGAAGAAGCCUCUACGCCAACUCUAAAAUUGCUCAAGGCUAUGGUGAUACAGGACUUUAUCAAGAAUUGUUAAGUUGUCAUUUUCCUUGAUUCUGGUAGUUCAUGAAAUUUCAUUGAUUUGGCACUAUUCAAGUGGUUAGGGUCUAGGAUUAUGAUUGUGUCCACACUGUUUUUACUCUUCCGUUGGGGAAUUGCAUUCUUGAUUUUGACCUUGGCUACCUUCUGGGCAUACGUGACCAAAGUGGUGGAUUUGAAGUUGAUAAUGGGCAUACUGGAAAAGAAGAAAAUAUCUGCAAGGUUUAUGGCCAAGAGCUUGAGUCAUUGAGAGCUUUACUUCUUUCUCCCAGUGCUCAUUCCAAAGGACUUGGAGCCAUUGAUGUGUUAGUGGGCUUUCCAAUAAUUGGGGAGUUUUAUGUGGGUGGGCUACCAAUCCAGCAGCAGUGAGACCAUGAGUAUUGUUUGGUUCAGCAUCUCUGUAAUUGCAUGCUUUGAUGGUGGCCUUGUUCAAGCCAACUAGUUGAUAUAUUGUUACAACAAUAUGAGUUCAAUGGCACACAUCCAUCACUGAAAUGGAGUUCAAUAGACCCCAAUUUUAGAGUUUUCACAUGUCUAAAUUGAAGUGUUUUUGUAAGUGAAAGCUCAUCAUGAAAAAGGUAUAGAGUUAUGUAAGUUAUUGUAUACUCAUGUUUUCAUACUCUCUCUCUCUCCCUAAACCCAGCUUUUGGAUGCACAAUUCUGUUUCUAAUUGAAGCUUAAUAUGCUUGGGUUGCCAUUACCAUUUCAAA